UACGGGUAGAUCUUAGAACACAUGUAAGUACCCAACCUAGUUAUAAGAGAAACAUCCUAGUCUUCCUAUUCAUUUAGGUAGUCUUGGCCGCGAUGAGGCGAGAUGAAACCCACGACACCAUCGCUCCCAACUGUUCUCAGUGUCGGUCGCUGAGGGGCUGAAAGGGGAAGGGGUUGCGUUUUGUCCUCACCAGGACAGUAUCGUUGAUGAGUGCCGAUAUCCGUCAGGCCAUCAGCCUCAGUGAAUAACGCGCCUAUAUCUAGCCAUGACUUCUCAAAGUUUUCGAGUUUGGAUUCCUCAGCUGCAUUUCGAUAUUCAGUUCAACAGCCUUUCAGUUCUUCUUUGUGCCGGUCACAUCUUAACAUCACCGUAUUAUUCAUAUCCUUAAUCUUCACCUGUUCCCGCUUUUCGCCAAAUCACUCUUCUACACAACCUUCAAAAUGCAGCUCACCGCCGCCUCCGUUUUUCUUGCCAGUCUCCUUGCCAGCAACGCUGUCGCAGUGCCCUUAACAACACGUCAAUCAUCAUCCGUUGAGGGCCAGGCAUGUACCAACGGAAAAUUUGAUGGGUUCUGCCGAGCCGACGGUCGCUGCGGACUGCAGUUCCCCCCUAACGAAACAUCCUUCCAGUUCAUUUCUGGACAAUGCGGUGUAGCUGAUAGCACCGGGGGAGCCUUUGACGACUUCUUCGGCCGCAAUAGAAACGACGCCAACGACGACGCUGCUACUGAUGACAGCACUGAUGACAGCACUAAUGACGACAGUGUCGCGGAUGACAGCGAUACCGAUGACGAAGCCAGUGAUAGCCAGGCCUCAGUCGAAGGUGAUGCGUGUACCAACGGAAAGUUUGAUGGGUUCUGCCGAGCCGAUGGGCGUUGCGGACUACAGUUCCCUCCUAACGAGACGUCCUUCCAGUUCAUCCGCGGACAAUGUGGCCGUUAAGUAGCAUAGUCUAUAGUCUGUAUAGAAGACAAGAUGCUGAAAGGAGGAGAGGAUUUAGUAAUACGGUGUCGUAUAAUGUAGCCCAGAACAAAAUACCUGCGUUAAAUCAAUUCUUUAUCGA